AUGUUUAGUCAAAAAUAGUUUGCUUGAAAACGAUAAUUUAGCAUAUGCUACGCAGCGGAAUGAUAUCUCACCGCACUACGGAUCUGGCUCUGGAAUUUUCUAGAACCACCGUAGCAACAGCAGAGCCCAACAGAAAUCUUCCCCGAGCUUCUGAUUGGAUUGUACGAUUGUUUGUUUGACCAGCGAUUGGUUGCUGUGUUACAUAGGGUCAUUGGAGGUGUUUGAAGUGGGGUGUUCAGUUCCACGUCAACAGGUUUCACAACAAACUCGUCACACCAGUUUCAUCGGAGCUUCAUGAAAAAGUUUGAAUGGAUCUUGUGAAACAUACAGGCGGCUGCCACUGUGGGGCUGUGAGAUUUGAAGUCUUGAGUUCCCCAGACCUCCAUGUUUUCCAAUGCAACUGUAGCAUUUGCACAAAGAAACAAAACCAUCAUUUCAUUGUUCCAAAAAAUCACUUCACACUCUUACAGGGGUCAGAUAAUCUGACAACAUACACAUUUAACACUCACGUUGCUAAACACACCUUCUGUAAAACCUGUGGAGUUCAAAGUUUCUACACUCCACGCUCCAACCCUGAUGGAUAUGGUGUUGCUCCGCACUGUCUGGAUCCAGUUACUGUCCGCAGUGUCACAGUGGAGACCUUUUGUGGUGAGAAGUGGGAAGAAAGCAUGCAAGCUCACAAGAGCAUUAGAGACAUGUCUAAAUCGGCAACAGAGACACAGCUGACAGAAACCAAAUGACACCUAUGGGAUAUAAGAAUCAAGAGUUUUUUUUAAUCAGCAGUAUAACAGACAUAGCGUACAGUAUCUUUGACAUUGUAAGAUAAAAAAAAAAAAAAAACUUAACUGAUUCAAAACCUAGUGUUGUUUUAUACAGUGUAAUGACAAUAAAGAUGUUUAUGUUGUCAUUAACAAUUUUUUUGGUCAACUUUAUUAACGGAAAAUGCUUCCAUAAAAUAUUCAGGCUACUUUAGCCAAUAAAGUACCGAUGAAAUCUUUAUUCACUGUGAGCAAAACAGCUCAUUAGAUUUGUAAACAGCUACUACAUUUCUUUUAUUACAGUAAUCGAGCAAUUAGGCAGUGGGACAACUCACAGAGUAACAAUAAUCAGUGCAUCUGGAUUAAGAU